ACUUCUUUAACAGAUAGAUCGAGCCACCGUCGGGGAAAUAAUCAUAACAUUGGGUUUAUCUGAAAUUUUUAAAAUAAUACCAAGUACAACCGUUAUUAUCUUAAUAUGUUUAAUUUUUGACCACCCUAAGAAGUUAUCGAUGAUAAACAAGGAUUGUAUAAGUAUUCUUACAGUAUCUGCAAUUGUUAAAGUUAAAAAAAUAUAGAGGUUAAAGUUGUUGAUACUGAAAAUCACUAUAAGUAUUCCAGCGACACUUGGUUAAAAAAUCUUAAAAACAACCGUUGGUAGAUAUUUAAAAUUUUUAAUAUUCGUCUUGAGAAUCACCGUUGAAUAAAAACCGAGGAUAAAAUGCCCCGAACUAAACAAGUACGUAAACGGAGCUCAAGCCAUACUGUGACUGAUGAAAGUGAUCUAUUAAUUAAAGAUUGUGAGAAAAAAGUAUUAAUGGGUGCUCGAAAUUCAGAUGCUACUUAUAACACAAUAAUAGAUGGGAUGAAAAAUCAUAUUGAUACUGCACUAUUUCGUAUACCGCCAGAGAUAAGGAAAAUGACACUGGGUGAUUUGCUGGAUCUUGAUGAAGAUUCAAAUGAAAAUAUAGAUCCAAAUGAAGAAUCUUUCAAUAAUGACCAAACACGUAAUAUUUUUAUACCACAGUCAUCAAUUAAAUCAACGAAAAUUCUCAAACGACAAACUGCAGCGUCUACUGAUGACGGAUACGCUACUGAAGCAGGAACAAAGAAAAAAUCUCUUAAUGAUGCGUCGAAAUUAAAAUCUAAAGCAAAAGUUACCCAUUCAAGUCGAGCUACCCGUAGCAGUUCAAAAGAUGAAGCUCGAAAAUUACCACGAUCUCCAUCAGCUUCAAGUAAUAGAAGUACGUCCAAAACACGAAUUGCAAAAAAAAUGUUUACUCCUACUACUUCAAAACUUCCCACAAAGUGUCACGUUAUCACACCUAAAAUUGAACCAAACACUCCAAUGAAUAUUCUUCGACGGCCACGAGAAGGUGAAGUUGCCUUAAGUAUGCAAGGAAGUCCAUUAUUAGUUUCUGCUGUUUCUGGGGAUCGUAUGGCCAGCAUUAAUGUUCCACUUAACAAUGGAAACGUUAUGUCUCUGUUGCCUAAAGACGGAAAAUUAAGACUUUCUAAUUUACCUGGAUUAGAUGAAGAAUCAACAAAGCAAUUAAAAAUACUAAAAGAACAUCUUGAAAAAGUUAUUGGGAACAAAUAAUUUAUACACACAAGGAAUUUAAUUUCACUAUUGUUAAAUUAAAACAAAAUAUAAUAUCUUCAAAUGUUAAAGAAUCUCACUUGGAAUACACUUGAAAAAUAAUAAUAAUAAUAAUAAUAAUAAUAAUAAUAAUAAUAAUAAUAAUAAUAAUAAUGAGCAUUUUUGAAUAAUUUUUAUCAUAAAGAAUGUUUUAACAUGUAGAAAGAAAAGAAAAUUUAUUAGACACUCCAUUAUGUAUGGAUAAAUAUAUCAUUCUCGGUAUUUUUAUAGAGUUUUGUGAAUCAUUUAUCCGACCCACAUUAUUAAAUUAAAAUAGUUAUUUAAAUUUAUUCGUGAAAAACAAAAACAAUGGGAAUCAAAAUCAAUUGAAAAAAAAUUUUUAUGUUCAUUGCUUGUAAAUA